GGGGGUAAAGUGCUCAUCAGUGUGCUGGGAUCUAGUCCACACACGAGCUUCAAGCCUCCCAUUUCUCUCUCAUGCUCCCUCUGUGUGCUCUGUCACUCCUGUGUAAUCUCUGCUACAUCUUUUGUUCUUUCAUCCUUGCUUUUCUCCUUUUACCUCCUUGCCCCAGCACAUUAGUCACUACUUUUUACCCUCUUCCUCUGCUUUCUCUCUGCAAUGUUUUCUCUCUGAGUUACCCAACAGUGACUUGCCCUCAACAUGGAUAUUGGAGGCCUGACCACAGUAGUAGCCAAUUCUGCUUACAUUAACGCUCGUGGGAGCAUCGAUGGCUCCUCUGCAGCAACGCGGGACAAGAAGUUUUUCUCUCGCCUCAAGCUGCCCCAUAUCACUGUGUGUGAGAACUUGAGGGAUACCCUAGAUUUGGCCUUUGACACACUUGUGGAAGAGCCUAUUGGUAAGCGCCUCUUCAGGGAAUUCUUGGAUGCCAACCAGGAGUAUCAUGGUGCUUGCAAGCUGUGGAAGGACAUUGAGAGCUAUGACCUGGCGGAGGACUCUGAGAGGGCAAAGAAAGCCUCAAAGAUUGUCCAGCGCUACAUGGACCCUGCUGCCAAGCACUACUGCCCCUUCCUGUCUGAGGAUAUCAUGAAUAAGGUGAAGGAAGGCCAGGAAGCUGCUGACGAUGGACUGUUUGCCGAUGCACUGGCCUCAGUUUUGGAAUACCUCCGGGUGGCCCCCUACACUUUCUUCAUGGAGAGCAUGUUCCUGAAGAGGUUCCUGCAGUGGAAGUGGCUUGAGCAGCAGCCCAUGGACGCAGACUGGUUCUUAGAUUUCCGUGUGUUGGGGAAAGGUGGGUUCGGUGAGGUGUCUGCCUGUCAAAUGAAAGCCACAGGAAAGCUAUAUGCCUGUAAGAAACUCAACAAGAAGAGGCUGAAGAAGAGGAAAGGCUAUGAGGGUGCAAUGGUGGAGAAGAGGAUUCUCGCCAGGGUUCACAGUCGCUUCAUUGUAUCGUUGGCGUACGCCUUCCAGACCAAGGAGGAACUGUGUCUGGUGAUGACCAUCAUGAAUGGAGGAGAUCUCAAAUACCACAUCUACCUGGUGGAUGAGAACAACCCCGGGUUCGAUGAAGCGAGAGCCUGUUUCUACAGCGCUCAGAUCAUCCAGGGCUUGGAGCACCUCCACCAGAAAAGAAUCAUCUACAGAGAUCUCAAACCGGAAAACGUGCUCUUAGAUAAUGACGGGAAUGUGCGUAUCUCGGACCUGGGUCUUGCCGUAGAGUUAAAGGAAGGCAAAACACAGACCAAAGGCUAUGCUGGAACACCAGGAUACAUGCCACCAGAGAUGCUGAAAGGGGAGAAGUAUGACACCUGCGUGGACUACUUUACCUUGGGGGUGACACUGUAUGAGUUCAUGGCUGCUAAGAACCCCUUCAGGGAGCGGGGGGAGAAGGUUGAACGUGAGGAGAUGAAGGAACGGAUCAUGAAUCGGGAAGUGGAUUAUCCAGAGAACUUCAGCGAACAUGCAAAGACCCUCUGCGGCGGCCUUCUAGCCAAAGAUGCCGCUCAGAGGAUGGGCUUCAAGAAUGGGACCUGCGAUGAGAUCAGAGCGCACCCUUUCUUCAGUGGCAUCAACUGGAGGAAACUGAACGCAGGUAUUUUACCUCCUCCCUUUGUUCCUGACCCGAAAAGGGUGUAUGCUAAAAGUCUGGAUGACGUCGGGGCGUUCUCCUCGGUGAAGGGGGUGAACUUGGAGGAUCCCGACAAGACCUUCUUUGAUGAGUUCUCCUCUGGCAACAUCACCAUCCCCUGGCAGGAAGAGAUGAUCGAGACGGGCGUCUACGCGGAGCUCAACGUGUGGGGUCCUGAUGGCAGCCUCCCUAAUGACCUUCGGAGGGAAUCCAUACUAGAGCAGCCAGCCAAGUCGUCAACCUGCUGCGUGUCAUAGAGUCAUUGUCACUGAGAGCCCUCUGAAAUAUACAAAGCAUAGCCCUCUACAGUUUACGGACAGACUCUCAGGUCUUUAGAGGACACAGGAUGGACGAUUACAACCCUCAGGACAGACAGAAAUCUCCUUUGAACUUUUUAAUAAUAGAAUUUCAGCAACUUGGAACCGAAGACAUGCUUUCUUUCAGCAGUGGCCACAGGAAAUGACAAGAACAAGACGACAAAUGCCAUGGAGGUAGAUCUCCAACAUGGAAAGGACUUAAGAGAUUAGGUUCAAGUGAUGAAAAAUGAAAAUUCUUUACAUGUGAAUUCAUUGAUCAUUGCGCGCUCUCUCUCUUGUCUUCACACAUGAUCUUUAUUGGCAUGAAACACAACAAUAUUUGCUGCCAAAGUAAAAUAAGAGAAUCAAUAAGGUGUAAUAAUAACAACUAUUUGUAAUAUAUGUAGUUUAACAAUUAUUAGGCCAUCAAUAGGACCGGACAUUAGUGGUAAUGUAAAUGUAUGGAAUCAUUGCUGUGUCCUCUGUUCUUAGAGGAUCAUUAGUUGUUGUCGUCUCUGCUGGUGACAGGAUAUUACAUAUCUAGCACUCAGUUUCCUCUCCAAAUAAUAAUUGGAGUUGCAUGUUAGUGGAAAGAUUUUCAAGGUUACGUAUGUUAUGAAAUUGUGCGGAAGUUAACUUCUCUAAUAAUUUUGUAACAUGCAGUGGAGAAAUAAGUGCAGCUCUCUCUCCACCUCUGCAGAGUGAGCACAGCCAGGUCGGCCUGCGUCGGCCAGGCUGUGCGCAGUGAGACUCUGUUUUGUUAAUGACUUUCUCAGUUUAGGAUCAGUCUUCUCUCCAGUGCAACUGAUCAUUUUCUUUUUUGUUUGGUCAGGCCAGACUAACUGAGGGCUGCCCUGAGGCAGUGCAGCUGGCAGAGGGAAACCUCACUGCUCUUGGCAUUGAAGGGCUUUGUGAUGGUGUAACUUGGUCUUUGGGUGAUACAGAAUGUGAUGUCUCAUUUUAAAUAUCUAAUAUUAGUGGAUAUUGGCAUAAUUCAACCCUGCAUAAAUAAUUAGUAGUAGCUCCUUUUACUUAAUGAAUUGAUGUACACAAUUCUGCAUGUCAGAUCUCAAUUUAUAAAAACAGCUUUUAUACAUGGUCCCCAAGGUUUACUACAGCAGAAUGCAAAGAAUAUCCUUCUGGCUUUCUCUCUCUCAAUUUCUCUCACUUUUUCACUGUCCAUCUUGCUUGAUCUCUCUCUUUGUGUGUGUGUGUGUGUGUGUGUGUGUGUGUGUGUGUGUGUGUGUUUGUGUGUAGGAAUGUCUACUUAUGGUUAUGCUUUUAGACUCAAAAUUCAACAUGUGUAUUUUAAUCAGGUUUUUAGUUAUGUGGUAAUUUGGUGCUGAGUGACCAACAUGUAAUUUAAUGUAUUUAUUCCCCACACCUCAUGUCUGCUGUUUUGUAGUGUAUGCAAUUUAAUGGAAACUACUUUUCUUUAAAGUGAGUUUAAUCAUUAGUCAUGUAUAUAUGUAGCUAAAUCAUACACUGUUGUCAAUAUAUGUACCAUAAACCAAUAACUCCUGGAUACAGUUACCAAAAGCUAAGAGAUCCAAAACUGCACAGUUUCAUUCUUCAUUUUUCAUUCAAGAAAAUAUUUUCUUAAGUGUUUAUUUUACGGUUUGUAAUCUACUCUUUGAGAGUAGCUUUGAUAAAGCUAAAUGUAGGUUAGCUGAUACAAGACAAACGUGAGAGUAGGAGAAAUGUUUUCCACAGUUUUAAAGCAAAGCAAUUUAUUU